AGGAGGGCGGGGCAGGGCCGGAGCUGGGGUGCCGCCUCCUCUGCAUCUCCGGGGCCCGAGUAUUAGAACGGAGGGCCCGCAGGGGUCCCCGCGGCUGCUGCGAUGCAGAAAUACGAGAAGCUGGAGAAGAUUGGGGAAGGCACCUAUGGGACCGUGUUCAAGGCCAAAAACCGGGAGACUCAUGAGAUCGUGGCUCUGAAACGAGUGAGGCUGGAUGAUGAUGAUGAGGGAGUGCCCAGCUCUGCCCUGCGGGAGAUCUGCCUACUCAAAGAGCUGAAGCACAAGAACAUCGUCAGGCUGCAUGACGUCCUGCACAGCGACAAGAAGCUGACGUUGGUUUUUGAGUUCUGUGACCAGGACCUUAAGAAAUACUUUGACAGCUGCAAUGGCGACCUAGACCCAGAAAUCGUGAAGUCAUUCCUCUUCCAGCUGCUAAAGGGCCUGGGAUUCUGUCACAGCCGCAACGUGCUGCACAGGGACCUGAAGCCCCAGAACCUGCUCAUAAACAGGAACGGGGAGCUGAAACUGGCUGAUUUCGGGUUGGCUCGAGCCUUUGGGAUCCCUGUCCGCUGUUACUCUCGGCUGAGGUGGUCACGCUCUGGUACCCGCCCACCCGACGUCCUCUUUGGGGCCAAGCUGUACUCCACGUCCAUCGACAUGUGGUCUGCCGGCUGCAUCUUCGCAGAGCUGGCCAACGCGGGGCGGCUGUUCCCCGGCAAUGACGUGGAUGACCAGCUGAAGAGGAUCUUCCGACUGCUGGGGACCCCCACCGAGGAGCAGUGGCCUGCCAUGACCAAGCUGCCGGACUAUAAGCCCUACCCGAUGUACCCAGCCACGACGUCUCUGGUGAACGUCGUUCCCAAGCUCAACGCCACGGGCAGGGACCUGCUGCAGAACCUCCUGAAGUGCAACCCCGUGCAGCGCAUCUCGGCGGAGGAGGCCCUGCAGCACCCCUACUUCUCCGACUUCUGCCCGCCCUAGGCGCCCGGGCCCUGGGACCCUGGCCUCUCUCAGCCCCCUCCCGGAGGGGAGGGGCAGCAAGGACGCACAGUGUGCCGAGCCCCAGCUGUGCUGGGCCCCCCGGGGCGGAGGCGCCCUUGCCCGGGCUCGGUCUCCCUCCACAGACUUUAUUUAAUUUCAUAAAUUGGCUCCUUUCCCACA